AUGUCCAGCUUAAGUGACCUCCUCAAUCCACAACCACCCUCAGCCUGGGAACAAUUCUCGGCCCAGCCUUGCAUCUUCCUUGCGCGGAAGCUGUACACUUGGCAUCAAAUCAUCCCCGCAAAACCACUCACAAAUCCUAUUACUAUAGUCUGUGUCUCCGAUACCCACAACAGCCAGCCCAGUCUUCCCGAUGGAGACAUUCUCAUUCACUCUGGUGAUCUCACACAAUCAGGCUCAUUAAAGGAACUCCAGGCAACACUCGCCUGGCUACGUGCCCAGCCCCAUCCCACAAAAAUAGUUGUUGCUGGAAAUCACGAUAUGUUACUUGACAUAGCGCGCGACAACUCGGACCAAGCUAUCGCUGAGCGGGCUCAGAUUGACUGGGGUGAAAUAAUCUAUCUGGAAAACCAGGAGACUACUGUUUCCUGUGCAAAUGGUCGCCAGCUUAAGAUCUACGGAAGUCCCCUUACUGCUCGGUAUGGCAACUGGGCCUUUCAAUAUCCUCGUGAUGAAGACGUAUGGACUGGCUCGGUGCCUGACGGGGUUGAUGUGCUAAUCACUCAUGGUCCGCCACGCGGCCAUCUUGACUUGCUAAAUAUGGGUUGUGCUCACCUACUGCGGGAGUUAUGGAGAGUCAAGCCUAAACUACAUGUGUUUGGACAUGUCCACGCUGGUGCAGGCACCGAAUGGAUCUUGUUCGAUGUGCUCGAGGAGGCGUACGAGCGAACUAUCGUUGCUAGAGGGGGGUUUGGAAUCUUCUCUUUACAAUUUGCGAGUUUGUCAAGGCGUAUUUCAAUCCAAGUGUGGAGGCAAAAUGUUUACUUGUGA